AUGGGUGACGUUGAGCAGGGCAAGAUUUUUGUUCAGAAGUGUGCCCAGCGCCAUGACGCGGAAAAGGGAGGCAAGCACAAGACUGGGCCAAAUCUCCAGGGUUUAUUUGGGUGGAAGGCAGGUCAAACCCCUGGAUUUUCUUACAUGGAUGCCAACCAGACCAAAGGCACCUCCUGGGGAGAGGAGACACUGAUGGAGUAUUUGGAGAAUCCCAAGAAGUACAUCCCUGAAACAAAAAUGAUCUUUGCUGGCAUUAAGAAGGCAAGGGAAAGAGCAGACUAGAUAGCUUAUCUCAAAAAAGCCACUAAGGAGUAAUAGUUAGCCUUUGCCUUAUUGAUUACAGAACAAAAAUGUCUCAUGACUUGUUUAAAUUGGUCUCAUACCCAGAAUUCAGAUCAUGAACGCCUGACAGAAUAUUUCUUUUGGACAGUCCUUAUUUGAAUAAUAUUGGCUUGUGGCUACAUGCAUAUAAUCAGCUUUUUGAACUUUGACAGUAAUCCUGGUUCAGCAAGUGCUAUCGUUGUUUUCCCCUUCGAAAAAUAUGAUUGGAAUUGAUUAGUAACGUUCAGCUUUUGACAGAGAUGGUAAAUGCCAUCUCUAAACUUACAGGAGAUUGGUUUUAUAUUUAGAUUUAUAUGACUGGUUAUAUUAAUAUAUUUAAAUACUGAGGAAAUCCCUUCACUGUCUCAGAACAGCAAGACUCGGAUGUAUUUCAAGUUAUGUGUGUUAGCCUGUUAAAGGCAAGAUAGCUGGCAAUGUCCACUUAACCUUUUUGGUCUUAAC